CCAUUAUGAAAACUCCCUCCAUUCCAAAUUACGAACAUGUCCGAAAUAGGUUGUAAGACCUCAUAAGAGUGUUGGUCGCGCCACUGUGUGCUAAGCACCAAAUUCAUCAACACUGAUAAAGUUGUCUUAAAAAAAAAAAACCUGGACAUAAAGGUUGGCCAACCAUUUCAGGAGUCCAACUCAGGACAGCUUCAUUAUAAUUCUUCUGCUUCACCCGUUCAAGCAUGUCAGAUUCAACAUGUAAAACGUGGCUGAAGAGUUUUGCGCUGGUGUUUAUGCUCUUGUGUACUCCAACGAACGCACAAACGGAUGGAAGUGUUCGUUUGGUUGAUGGCUCUUCAGAAGUUGAAGGUCGCGUUGAAGUCUUCUAUGAGGGCGAAUGGGGAACGGUUUGUGAUGAUUUGUGGGACUUGCAAGAUGCUGCUGUAGUCUGUCGCCAGCUUGGAUUCCCAGGUGCAGUCAGAGCUACCACUGCAGCGGCUGAAUUCACUAUUGGAGAUGGGCCAAUAGUUCUGGAUGAUCUGGAGUGUAAUGGAGACGAAAGAACCUUAGGAGAAUGCACUCACCGAGGAUGGGGAGAUAAUAAUUGUGGUCACUCAGAAGAUGCUGCUGUUGUUUGUACUGAAGCUGUAUCUACAUACAUAGAGGGCGCUGUUCGUUUGAUGGGUGGAAGUUCAGGAGCAGAAGGGCGCGUUGAAAUCUUCUAUGAUGGCCAGUGGGGAACAGUUUGUGAUGACCUGUGGGACUCUCCAGAUGCUGCUGUAGUCUGUCGCCAGCUUGGAUUCCCAGGUGCAGUCAGAGCUACCACUGCAGCGGCUGAGUUCACCAUUGGAGAUGGGCCAAUAGUUCUAGAUGACCUGGAGUGUAUUGGAGACGAAAGAACCUUAGGAGAAUGCACUCACCGAGGAUGGGGAGAUAAUAAUUGUGGUCACUCAGAAGAUGCUGGGGUCGUCUGUGCAACAUCUGUAACAACCAUUCUCCCUGAAGUGUCCUCCAUACCAGAUAGUAAUGUUCGUUUGAUGGAUGGGUCUGGUCCACAUGAGGGGCGUGUAGAAGUCUUCUAUGAAGGUCAGUGGGGAACAGUUUGUGAUGACCUGUGGGAUUUUCAGGAUGCUGCAGUAGCCUGUCGCCAGCUUGGAUUCCCAGGUGCAGUCAGAGCUACCACUGCAGCGGCUGAAUUCACCAUUGGAGAUGGGCCAAUAGUUCUUGAUGAUCUGGAGUGUACUGGAGACGAAAGAACCUUAGGAGAAUGCACUCACCGAGGAUGGGGAGAUAACAAUUGUGGCCACUCGGAAGAUGCUGGGGUCGUUUGUGCAACCUCUGUAACAACUGCUGUUCCAGGAGUGAACUCCGUACCAGAUGGUAGUGUUCGUUUGAUGGAUGGAUCUGGUCCCUUUGAGGGGCGUGUAGAAAUCUUCUAUGAAGGUCAGUGGGGAACAGUUUGUGAUGACCUGUGGGACUUUCAGGAUGCUGCAGUAGCCUGUCGCCAGCUUGGAUUCCCAGGUGCAGUCAGAGCUACCACUGCAGCUGCUGAAUUCACCAUUGGAGAUGGGCCAAUAGUUCUUGAUGAUCUUGAGUGUACUGGAGACGAAAGAACCUUAGGAGAAUGCACUCACCGAGGAUGGGGAGAUAGUAAUUGUGGCCACUCGGAAGAUGCUGGGGUCGUUUGUACAGCCUCUGUAACAACUUCUGUUCCAGGAGUGACCUCCGUACCAGAUGGUAGUGUUCGUUUGAUGGAUGGAUCUGGUCCACAUGAGGGGCGUGUAGAAGUCUUUUAUGAAGGUCAUUGGGGAACAGUUUGUGAUGACCUGUGGGGCUUUCAGGAUGCUGCAGUAGCCUGUCGCCAGCUUGGAUUCCCAGGUGCAGUCAGAGCUACCACUGCAGCGGCUGAAUUCACCAUUGGAGAUGGACCAAUAGUUCUUGAUGAUCUGGAGUGUACUGGAGACGAAAGAACCUUAGGAGAAUGCACUCACCGAGGAUGGGGAGAUAGUAAUUGUGGCCACUCAGAAGAUGCUGGGGUCGUUUGUGCAGCCUCUGUAACAACUGCUGUUCCAGGAGUGACCUCCGUACCAGAUGGUAGUGUUCGUUUGAUGGAUGGAUCUGGUCCACAUGAGGGGCGUGUAGAAGUCUUUUAUGAAGGUCAGUGGGGAACAGUUUGUGAUGACCUGUGGGACUUUCAGGAUGCUGCAGUAGCCUGUCGCCAGCUUGGAUUCCCAGGUGCAGUCAGAGCUACCACUGCAGCGGCUGAAUUCACCAUUGGAGAUGGGCCAAUAGUUCUGGAUGAUCUGGAGUGUACUGGAGACGAAAGAACCUUAGGAGAAUGCACUCACCGAGGAUGGGGAGAUAGUAAUUGUGGCCACUCGGAAGAUGCUGGGGUCGUUUGUGCAACCUCUGUAACAACUGCUGUUCCAGGAGUGAACUCCGUACCAGAUGGUAGUGUUCGUUUGAUGGAUGGAUCUGGUCCCUUUGAGGGGCGUGUAGAAAUCUUCUAUGAAGGUCAGUGGGGAACAGUUUGUGAUGACCUGUGGGACUUUCAGGAUGCUGCAGUAGCCUGUCGCCAGCUUGGAUUCCCAGGUGCAGUCAGAGCUACCACUGCAGCUGCUGAAUUCACCAUUGGAGAUGGGCCAAUAGUUCUUGAUGAUCUUGAGUGUACUGGAGACGAAAGAACCUUAGGAGAAUGCACUCACCGAGGAUGGGGAGAUAGUAAUUGUGGCCACUCGGAAGAUGCUGGGGUCGUUUGUACAGCCUCUGUAACAACUGCUGUUCCAGGAGUGACCUCCGUACCAGAUGGUAGUGUUCGUUUGAUGGAUGGAUCUGGUCCACAUGAGGGGCGUGUAGAAGUCUUUUAUGAAGGUCAGUGGGGAACAGUUUGUGAUGACCUGUGGGGCUUUCAGGAUGCUGCAGUAGCCUGUCGCCAGCUUGGAUUCCCAGGUGCAGUCAGAGCUACCACUGCAGCGGCUGAAUUCACCAUUGGAGAUGGGCCAAUAGUUCUUGAUGAUCUGGAGUGUACUGGAGACGAAAGAACCUUAGGAGAAUGCACUCACCGAGGAUGGGGAGAUAGUAAUUGUGGCCACUCGGAAGAUGCUGGGGUCGUUUGUGCAGCCUCUGUAACAACUGCUGUUCCAGGAGUGACCUCCGUACCAGAUGGUAGUGUUCGUUUGAUGGAUGGAUCUGGUCCACAUGAGGGGCGUGUAGAAGUCUUUUAUGAAGGUCAGUGGGGAACAGUUUGUGAUGACCUGUGGGGCUUUCAGGAUGCUGCAGUAGCCUGUCGCCAGCUUGGAUUCCCAGGUGCAGUCAGAGCUACCACUGCAGCGGCUGAAUUCACCAUUGGAGAUGGGCCAAUAGUUCUGGAUGAUCUUGAGUGUACUGGAGACGAAAGAACCUUAGGAGAAUGCACUCACCGAGGAUGGGGAGAUAGUAAUUGUGGCCACUCGGAAGAUGCUGGGGUCGUUUGUACAGCCUCUGUAACAACUGCUGUUCCAGGAGUGACCUCCGUACCAGAUGGUAGUGUUCGUUUGAUGGAUGGAUCUGGUCCCUUUGAGGGGCGUGUAGAAAUCUUCUAUGAAGGUCAGUGGGGAACAGUUUGUGAUGACCUGUGGGACUUUCAGGAUGCUGCAGUAGCCUGUCGCCAGCUUGGAUUCCCAGGUGCAGUCAGAGCUACCACUGCAGCUGCUGAAUUCACCAUUGGAGAUGGGCCAAUAGUUCUUGAUGAUCUUGAGUGUACUGGAGACGAAAGAACCUUAGGAGAAUGCACUCACCGAGGAUGGGGAGAUAGUAAUUGUGGCCACUCGGAAGAUGCUGGGGUCGUUUGUACAGCCUCUGUAACAACUUCUGUUCCAGGAGUGACCUCCGUACCAGAUGGUAGUGUUCGUUUGAUGGAUGGAUCUGGUCCACAUGAGGGGCGUGUAGAAGUCUUUUAUAAUGGCCAGUGGGGAACAGUUUGUGAUGAUUUGUGGGAAUUAGAAGAUGCUGCUGUAGCCUGUCGCCAGCUUGGAUUCCUAGGUGCAAUCAGAGCUACCACUGCAGCCCCUGAUUUCGCCAUUGGAGUUGGGCCAAUAAAUCUUGAUGACCUGGAAUGUAAUGGAGACGAAAGAACUUUAGGAGAAUGUACUCACUUUGGAUGGGGAGAUAGUAAUUGUGAUCACUCAGAAGAUGCUGGGGUCGUUUGUGCAACAUCUGAAACAACUGCUCUUCCAGGAGUUACCUCAAUACCAGAUGGUAGUGUUCGUUUGAUGGAUGGGUCUGGUCCACAUGAGGGGCGUGUAGAAGUCUUCUAUGAAGGUCAGUGGGGAACAGUUUGUGAUGACCUGUGGGACUUUCAGGAUGCUGCAGUAGCCUGUCGCCAGCUUGGAUUCCCAGGUGCAGUCAGAGCUACCACUGCAGCGGCUGAAUUCACCAUUGGAGAUGGGCCAAUAGUUCUGGAUGAUCUGGAAUGUACUGGAGACGAAAGAACCUUAGGAGAAUGUACUCACCGAGGAUGGGGAGAUAAUAAUUGUGGUCACUCAGAAGAUGCUGGAGUUGUCUGUGCAACCUCUGUAACAACCAUUCUCCCUGAAGUGUCCUCCAUACCAGUUGAAACUCCAGAUGAUGGUAGUGUUCGUUUGAUGGAUGGAUCUGGUCCCUAUGAGGGGCGUGUAGAAGUCUUCUAUGAAGGUCAGUGGGGAACAGUUUGUGAUGACCUUUGGGGCUUUCAGGAUGCUGCAGUAGCCUGUCGCCAGCUUGGAUUCCCAGGUGCAGUCAGAGCUACUACUGCAGCUGCCGAAUUCACCAUUGGAGAUGGGCCAAUAGUUCUAGAUGACCUUCAGUGUAUUGGAGACGAAAGAACCUUAGGAGAAUGUACUCACCGAGGAUGGGGAGAUAAUAAUUGUGGUCACUCAGAAGAUGCUGGAAUUGUCUGUGCAACCUCUGUAACAACCAUUCUCCCUGAAGUGUCCUCCAUACCAGUUGAUAUUCCAGAUGAUGGUAGUGUUCGUUUGAUGGAUGGAUCUGGUCCCUAUGAGGGGCGUGUAGAAGUCUUCUACGAAGGUCAGUGGGGAACAGUUUGUGAUGACCUUUGGGGCUUUCAGGAUGCUGCAGUAGCCUGUCGCCAGCUUGGAUUCCCUGGUGCAGUCAGAGCUACUACUGCAGCUGCCGAAUUCACCAUUGGAGAUGGGCCAAUAGUUCUAGAUGACCUUCAGUGUAUUGGAGACGAAAGAACCUUAGGAGAAUGUUCUCACCGAGGAUGGGGGGAUAAUAAUUGUGGUCACUCAGAAGAUGCUGGGGUCGUCUGUGCAGCCUCUGUAACAACCAUUCUCCCUGAAGUGUCCGCCAUACCAGAUGGUAGUGUUCGUUUGAUGGAUGGAUCUGGUCCACAUGAGGGGCGUGUAGAAGUCUUUUAUGAAGGUCAGUGGGGAACAGUUUGUGAUGACCUGUGGGGCUUUCAGGAUGCUGCAGUAGCCUGUCGCCAGCUUGGAUUCCCAGGUGCAGUCAGAGCUACUACUGCAGCGGCUGAAUUCACCAUUGGAGAUGGGCCAAUAGUUCUGGAUGAUCUGGAGUGUAUUGGAGACGAAAGAACCUUAGGAGAAUGUACUCACCGAGGAUGGGGAGAUAAUAAUUGCGGUCAUUCAGAAGAUGCUGGAGUCAUUUGUGCAACCUCUGUAACAACUGCUUCUCCAGGAGUGAACUCCAUACCAGAUGGAAGUCUUCGUCUUAUGGAUGGAAACUCCCCAUAUCAAGGUCGUGUGGAAAUCUUCUACCAAGGCCAAUGGGGGACCAUCUGUGAUGACUUGUGGGAUAUACAAGAUGCUAACGUCGUCUGUCGACAACUUGGCUUCACAGCUGCUGUAAGCGCUCUGUCGGCUGCUGACAGAUUCCCUGUUGGCGUGGGGGAGAUAUUAUUGGAUGAUCUUGAAUGUAGUGGUGACGAGAGCAGUUUAACAGACUGUACUCAUGCAGGAUGGGGAACAGAUAAUUGCGGCCAUUCAGAAGAUGCUGCAGUCAUUUGCUCUACAACAACUCUACCACCAAAUGUAACUGCAUUUCCAGAUGGAAGUCUUCGUCUAAUGGAUGGGAACUACCUGUACGAAGGUCGAGUGGAAAUCUUCUACCAAGGACAGUGGGGAACCAUCUGUGAUGACUUGUGGGAUAUCCAAGAUGCUACUGUCGUCUGUCGACAACUUGGCUUCACAGCUGCUGUAAGCGCUCUGUCGGCUGCUGACAGAUUCCCUGUUGGCGUGGGGGAGAUAUUAUUGGAUGAUCUUGAAUGUAGUGGUGACGAGAGCAGUUUAACAGACUGUACUCAUGCAGGAUGGGGAACAGAUAAUUGCGGCCAUUCAGAAGAUGCUGCGGUCAUUUGCUCUACAACAACUCUACCACCAAAUGUAACUGCAUUUCCAGAUGGAAGUCUUCGUCUAAUGGAUGGGAACUACCUGUACGAAGGUCGAGUGGAAAUCUUCUACCAAGGACAGUGGGGAACCAUCUGUGAUGACUUGUGGGAUAUCCAAGAUGCUACUGUCGUCUGUCGACAACUUGGCUUCACAGCUGCUGUAAGCGCUCUGUCGGCUGCUGACAGAUUCCCUGUUGGCGUGGGGGAGAUAUUAUUGGAUGAUCUUGAAUGUAGUGGUGACGAGAGCAGUUUAACAGACUGUACUCAUGCAGGAUGGGGAACAGAUAAUUGCGGCCAUUCAGAAGAUGCUGCGGUCAUUUGCUCUACAACAACUCUACCACCUAAUGUAACUGCCUUUCCAGAUGGAAGUCUUCGUCUUAUGGAUGGGAACUACCUGUUUGAAGGUCGUGUGGAAAUCUUCUACCAAGGACAGUGGGGAACCGUCUGUGAUGACUUGUGGGAUAUCCAAGAUGCUACUGUCGUCUGUCGACAACUUGGCUUCCCAGCUGCUGAAUCUGCUUUUUCUGCAACCGACAGAUUCCCACCUGGAGUUGGAGAGAUUUUCUUGGAUGAUUUGGAAUGCAGUGGUGGAGAGAGUAGGUUGAUAGAUUGUCGUCAUCCAGGAUUGCGAACAAACAAUUGUGGUCAUUCAGAAGAUGCUGGUGUUGUUUGCUCAACAUCAACCUUAGCACCAGGUGUACCUCAGUUUGCAGAUGGAAGUCUUCGUCUAAUGGAUGGACGCUACCCCUAUGAAGGUCGUGUGGAAAUCUUCUACCAAGGCCAAUGGGGGACUAUCUGUGACGACUUGUGGGAUAUUGUAGAUGCUAAUGUCGUCUGUCGACAACUUGGCUUCACAGCUGCCGAAUCUGCUAUUUCUGCCACUGACAGCUUCCCAAUUGGAGUUGGAGAGAUUUUCUUGGAUGAUUUAGAAUGCAGUGGUGGAGAGAGUAGAUUGAUAGAUUGUCGUCAUCCAGGAUGGAGAACAAACAAUUGUGGCCAUUCAGAAGAUGCUGGUGUUGUUUGCUCAACAUCAACCUUAGCACCAGGUGUACCUCAGUUUGCAGAUGGAAGUCUUCGUCUAAUGGAUGGAAGUUACUCCUAUGAGGGACGUGUAGAAAUCUUUUACCAAGGCCGAUGGGGAACAAUCUGUGAUGACUUGUGGGAUAUUAAAGAUGCUAAUGUCGUCUGUCGACAACUUGGCUUCACAGCUGCUGUAAGCGCUCUAUCGGCUGGUGACAGAUUCCCUGUUGGCGUGGGGGAGAUAUUGUUGGAUGAUCUUGAAUGUAGUGGUGAUGAGAGCAGUUUAACAGAAUGUCCUCAUGCAGGAUGGGGAACAGAUAAUUGCGGCCAUUCAGAAGAUGCUGCGGUCAUUUGCUCUACAACAACUCUACCACCUAAUGUAACUGCAUUUCCAGAUGGAAGUCUUCGUCUAAUGGAUGGGAACUACCUCUACGAAGGUCGAGUGGAAAUCUUCUACCAAGGACAGUGGGGAACCAUCUGUGAUGACUUGUGGGAUAUCCAAGAUGCUACUGUCGUCUGUCGACAACUUGGCUUCCCAGCUGCAGAAUCUGCUCUUUCUGCUACCGACAGAUUCCUAACUGGAAGUGGAGAGAUUUUCUUGGAUGAUUUGGAAUGCACUGGUGGAGAGAGUAGGUUGAUGGAUUGUCGUCAUCCAGGAUGGAGAACAAACAAUUGUGGCCAUUCAGAGGAUGCUGGUGUUGUUUGCUCAACAUCAACCUUAGCACCAGGUGAACCUCAGUUUGCAGAUGGAAGUCUUCGGCUCAUGGAUGGAAACUACCUCUCUGAAGGUCGUGUGGAGGUCUUCUACCAAGGGCAAUGGGGAACCAUCUGUGAUGACUUGUGGGAUAUUCAAGAUGCUACUGUCGUCUGUCGACAACUUGGCUUCUCAGUUGCUGAAUCUGCUUUUUCUGCCACUAACAGAUUCCCAAUCGGUGUUGGAGAGAUUUUCUUGGAUGAUUUGGAAUGCAGUGGUGGAGAGAGCAGAUUGAUAGAUUGUCGUCAUUCAGGAUGGAGAACAAAUAAUUGUGGUCAUUCAGAGGAUGCUGGUGUUGUAUGCUCAACACCAACCUUAGCACCAGAUGUAACUCAGUUUGCAGAUGGAAGUCUUCGCCUAGUGGAUGGAAACUUCCCCUAUGAAGGUCGUGUGGAAAUCUUUUACCAAGGCCAAUGGGGAACCAUCUGCGAUGACUUGUGGGAGAACCAGGACGCUAAUGUUGUCUGCCGGCAACUUGGGUUUACAGAGUCAAGCGAAUUUUUGGAUGGUAGAUUUUUAAUGGGUACAGGAGCAAUUAUUCUCGAUAACGUUGAAUGUUUAGGCAAUGAGAGCAGUUUGCUGGCCUGUCCUCAUAAUGGUUUUGGUGUGCAUGAUUGCUCACAUACAGAAGAUGUUGGUGUUCGCUGCAAUGUUGUCACGACUGCCUCGCCUAAUAAACCUACAGAGGAACUACCUGGAGACUAUAGUAGUUUGCGUCUUGCUGGUGGUACUGACCAAUCAAAUGGACGGGUUGAGGUGUUCUCUGAAGGCCAGUGGAGCACAGUCUGUGAUGAGGAGUGGGUUUUUACCAACGCCCAGGUUAUCUGUCGUCAACUUGGAUUUGGCUCAGCAGACCCCACCCUGUUUCAAGCUUUCUACGGAGAAGGCAGUGGCCCCGUUUUAAUGGACGAUGUGCUGUGUAAAGGUACAGAGGCAACCUUCAUGUCUUGCUCAAAGAGCCCAAGACAGAAUGAGUGUCGUCAUGAUACAGACGUCGGUGUUAUAUGCCAGAUGGCUGGCUCAGUGAGGUUGAACGGAAGUCCAACAUCCAAGCACACUCAAGGUAGGCUUGAGGUGUACCAGGACGGAGAAUGGUUGCAAGUGUGUCGCAACAACUGGGAUCUAUCGCUGUCACAUAGGGUUUGUGAGCAGCUUGGCUUCAGUUCGGCAAUCAACACCCAGGACAGAGAUGAAGCUGCUACACUUGGACAGGGUAACAGAGUUGUUGCAGAGAUAUCCUGUAUUGGCACAAAGGAGUCAACAGCUGAUUGUAAGAUGAACAUCGUGGAGAGCAAAGAAGGGUGUCAAGACGGUAGCUCAGAGCUUGUCAUCAUCGAAUGCCUGAGAUUUGAAUCGGAUGGACGAGUAAGACUCUCUGGAUCUGAACCUGCAUUCAAGGGAGAGGUUCAAGUUCAAAUUGACGGAGUAUGGGGUGCCAUUUGUGAUGACAACUGGAGCAUAAAAGAUGGAAAUGUUGUUUGCGGACAACUCGGCUACAAGAGUGCCAUAUCUGUCUUUCGAAGCGAGAACUAUCAAGAAAUUGACAAUUUACCCAUUCUAAUGGAUCCAAUCUGUUCUGGGAAGGAGGUCAAUAUUACGUCCUGCAAGAACAGUGGAUGGAGUCACACUGACAAAUGUCCGAAGCGAAGAGUUGGGGUGGAGUGCAGUCAACUUGGUCACAUCGGUGAAAUAUCCCAAAAGUCAGGAUUGUCCUCGACAUCCCUAAUUGUUGUUGUGGUCUUCAGUGCAGUUGCCUUUCUCGUCUUCAUUAUCAUCAUCAUCUUCGUCCUAAUCAAGAAAAAAAGGCAGACCAGAAGGGACAUUUAUAACAUGGAUAUGCCAUUGUCCCCACCGUCCCCACCCCCCAAUGGCCAAGCAGCUUCGAGUGGGAAUGGGGAAGAAGAGCCCAGGUACUCAGCUGUCGGCGCCUCAGCGGAAGGUUGGAGUAAUCCAGUCUAUGAGUCGACCCUUAGUUGGAGCCCUCCAUUAAAACCCGUGUCAUUUCAGUUUCCACCACCCGAGGAAGUGUCAAAACUUUAGACGCUGGCUACCCCAGGCCACCCCUGUUUGUUUGGGUGCUUGAUGGGGUGGUUGAUUGUUUGUGUUGUUUGUAGUCUUGGUCUUUUUUAUUCUAAAAAUGGGUUAAAUUUAUAUCUUAUUAUGAGUAAUUGAUUAACAAUACAACAGUACACUACCACAGUUGAGUGAGGGUUCGAAUCCCGAUUUGAUUCUUGUGACCUUGAGCAAAUUGCUUCUUUUGAAAAGUUGGGAAGGUAUAUGUGCAUUCUGCUCUACUUCGGCAAGGCUCCUAUGUGGGCGAUACCCAUGCUGAAGGGGGCAAAUCCCCUUUUGAGCCCUAGGAGUAAGUGACAAGGUGCCGUUGGUGAUGUAAGGUUGACCAUUUCAUUUAAAAAUAUUAUUAAUAAAAUUUGAAUAAUUAAAAAAGUACUGGAUAAAGUACCCUUUUACUGGCAGGAUUCUUCCUACUUUAAUCCGAUUUCAGAUUUGUUUGCCUUCAUCAGAAGAGUUCUAGUGAAAAAAAUGUAUUUUUAAUAAACUAUAAUAAUAGUAAUGACUUCUUUAUAGCGCACAUUGACCUCCUGGCAUGGAGGUCUAGAUUUGUCUA